GAGGCGGUGCUUAUGGAGGGAUAUUCUCACUCACUCUCUGCCAUGAACUACUUCACCGCUUUCAGUCCCUCCGACCUGCCGUAUGAAGUUCCCCGGCUGCUCGUCUGAAAGGAGACAUUUAAAUAGACAAGAUAAAAAAAAAAGAUUUAAAAGAAAAUCAGAGGAUUGGUACCCCGGGCUGUAGGGCUGCACUACGGCGAGCUCAGACACAGCGGAGCAUCGACAGCAAGGCAGGCAGUUAGUGCAGAAGCAGGCACCAUGUCCACCCCCACAAACCCAGAGGUGAAGGAACUGAACCCUGUCGACUUUAUCCAGCUUCAGCAGUAUAUCGAAUACUGCAGCCUGAAGGUGAAAGACGUGCUGAGGGAAUUUGAUAAAGAUGGCAGGCUGGCCCAGCACAGGCAUGGAGAGUGUAUCGAUGAGGAAGGCUUUCGGCAGUUCCUAAAGACCUACCUAGAAGUGGACUUCCCCUCAGAUCUCUGCCAGCGACUUUUCCGCUCCUUCCAAAACUCUGAAUCCACCAAGGAAGACGGCACAAAGGAAGUCUACCUCAAGGAUGUUUCAUGUUACUUCUCUCUGCUGGAAGAUGGCCAACCCAGGGACAAACUGGAGUUUGCUUUCAGGCUUUAUGACAGAGAUGGCAAUGGAGUCCUUGACAGCUCUGAAGUAGAUCGAAUUAUAGCUCAAAUGAUGCAUGCUGCCGAAUAUCUCGACUGGGACGUUUCCGAACUCGAACCGGUACUGAAGGACAUGAUGACAGCGAUUGAUGCCGACUGCAGCGGCACAGUGUCUCUGGAUGAGUGGGUAGAGGGAGGCAUGAACAACGUCCCUUUGCUCGUAUUGCUGGGUCUAAAGAUGACCCAAAAAGACGGGCAGCACCUUUGGAGGAUGAAAAAUUUCAACAAGCCUGUUUACUGCAACGUGUGUCAAAGCAUGCUGCUGGGUUUGAGGAAACAGGGGCUGUGCUGCACCUGCUGUAAAUACACAGUUCAUGGGCGGUGUGCUAACAAGAACCCAGCUCCCUGUGCCAGGACGUACGUAAAGUCAAAGAAAGAAACGGGGGUUCCAGUGCAUGACUGGGUGAGUGGGAACUGUGAUUCAAGAAAGUGUGAUAGAUGCCAAAAGAAGAUCAAGAGCCUCCAAGGUUUAACAGGGAAACACUGUGUGUGGUGCCACACGAUGCGUCAUGAUGAAUGUGCAGCCCUGGAGCCAACAGAGUGUACCUGUGGGACGCUCAGAGACCACAUCCUGCCUCCAUGGGCCAUAUAUCCUGUAAUAAAGGAAAGACCAAACAAUGUAAAAAAUGGCUGCUCAGGGUCUACAGAUGACGACCUCAAUAUUACUCCUGACGGACAAGUGCUACAGAUCAGCCCUGUGCCAAACACUCAUCCUCUUCUGGUGUUUGUUAAUCCUAAAAGUGGUGGCAAGCAGGGAGAAAGAGUCUUGCGUAAAUUUCAGUAUUUGCUGAAUCCAAGGCAGGUGUACAACCUUUCCAGUGGUGGCCCUGGAGCAGGGCUGAGUUUCUUCCGAGACCUGCAGGACUACAGAAUUUUGGUGUGUGGUGGAGAUGGAACAGUUGGGUGGAUUCUGGACGCAAUAGAUAAAGCCAAUCUGCCAGCUCAACCUCCUGUUGCAGUGCUUCCUCUGGGCACAGGAAAUGACCUUGCAAGAUGUCUGCGUUGGGGUGGAGGAUAUGACGGUGAAGAUCUGGCUCGUAUUCUGAGAGACAUCGAGAACAGCUCUCCGAUGCCGAUGGACCGCUGGAACGUGCAGGUUAUACCGGAUGAGAUCCAGGAGAAGGGUGAUCCAGUGCCCUAUGAGAUCAUCAACAAUUACUUCUCAAUUGGAGUUGACGCCUCUAUUGCACACAGGUUUCAUACAAUGAGGGAGAAACAUCCUCAGAAAUUUAACAGCAGAAUGAAGAACAAGCUGUGGUAUUUUGAAUUCGCCACUUCAGAAACCAUCUCUGCUUCCUGCAAGAAACUCAGUGAAAGUUUGACAAUAGAGUGCUGUGGCACUCCUCUAGACCUCAGCGCUCUUUCUCUGGAGGGGAUUGCUAUCCUAAACAUUCCCAGCAUGCACGGUGGGUCCAACCUAUGGGGGGAGACCAAAAAGGCAGAUACUAAGGGCCAGGCGAGUCAGGAAGAGCCAGACGUAAUUAUCAACCCCGAGAUCCUGAAAGUGACUUCUCAAGACAUCAGUGACCGCCGACUGGAGGUGGUUGGCCUGGAAGGAGCAAUGGAAAUGGGACAGAUAUACACCGGACUCAAAAGUGCUGUGAGGCUUGCUAAAACUUCACAGAUCACCAUCCGGACAAAGAAACCAUUGCCAAUGCAAAUCGACGGAGAGCCAUGGAUGCAAUCUCCCUGCACGAUUCAUAUCACACACAAGAAUCAAGCAAGCAUGUUGAUGGGUCCUCAAGCCAAACCAUCAGGUUUCUUCAAAUAAAACUGACUCUCUUAAUGCAUGUUUACUCUAUAAUCAGGACUGACACUUUUUGAUAUAGAAUCAGUGUAUGAUCUAGUAUAUUUGCAUUAUCAGAAAGAAAAAGUGAUCUUCCAAACAUUUUGUCUCUUUAACACACAUUUCAAGCAUGGCUUCAUAUGAAUACAGGCAGAAUUGUAAGCUAUGUUUGGAUCGUGGCCAAAAGAAUCUUGACCAAACUAUCUCAGUGUUUUAGUUUUACUCUCCACUCCUGCUCUUUCUAAUCUUGACAGUGGGUGGAGGUGCUGCUCUUUAGACACCUUAAUAAAGUUUAAAGUGGCUAUGAUUUUAAAUAGGACAGCUAUUUGGCUUCAUGUGCCUUUUCUAUCUGUUCUGUUCUGAUUAGAUAGAAUUUCUGUGUAUUUUUGCACUUGGAGCGUUGACCAUGUAGUAUUCCAGCUUUAUUGUGGCUGUAAAUUUGCUCUGAAAUGUAUGUCAUUCAAGGAAAAAAAAGGUGCAGAAACAAACUCCUUCAUUUCAAUUUAAGGCUUAAGAUAUUUUUUUUAAACUAAUUUCAGAGAUACUUGAAAGUGUUUUUGGGGGAGCAGAAAAGCAAGCAUAUUUUUGUUCCUCUGUUUUCUAAUUUUAUGUGGACCAAAUUUGGUUUGUCUGAGUUUUAAUUAGAGCAGAAAGUUAUUCUUUUAGAAACUUCAGUAAUAAUCAGCACACAUUCUUUUCUGAAUGUGUUAAAGAUAUAGACUAUUGAGUGGGGCUAUUUAUUAAAGUAUAUAGUCUAUUUAAAUGCUUUAUCAGCUGUAAGAUUUCAGUAUAUAAGCAGAAUGUAAAAGUAAUAACUCAAUGUAAUCAUAAUAAAUUGUCUGGGCUUCA